UCUCCCUCCUUCAACAAAGACUUUUAUCCCAGGAGGUCAACUUUUUCUCUUUACCUUCCAUUGAAUAUUAUAGACAUAUAAGAGAUUAUUAAACUCUCGUUUGCUUGUGUUUUCUGCCAAAGGAGAGUGCUGUUUGGACUGGGGAAUGACACAGACUCGUGAUGGAUUCUGCCAGGAGACCCUGUUUUAUAACUGUGUGUUUUUCAGUACUGGCAGCCACUUGUCUUCCAUGCUCCGGCUCCCCAGGCCCCAGCCUGUGGGGUAAGAAAGUGGUGUUCAUGGGUCGUCACUGUGUGUGGCAGCUGGAUAAGGGGUGCGUAGUGCCCCCCCUGGAAGAGCUCAGUGUGUGUGUGCACCUGCACCGGGAGAUUGCAACAUCUGAGUGGACAGGCUUCGUGUACAAGGCGCCUGGCGAGAGACAGGUAGAGCUGGGGCUGGCAGGCCGAGGAGGGUUCCUGGUGGCAUGGCUGUUUGGGCAUCAGUGGUCCGUACCAGAGGAUCUGCCCCUGAAAUGCUGGCACAAUGUCUGCCUCACCUGGUCCAGCCACUCCGAGAGGCUCCGGCUCUACAUCAAUGGGAGCAGUCGCCUGGACGCCCAUGUUAACGCCACCCUGCCCCGGCGACUGGCCCACAAUGGCACCCUGACCCUGGGGGUGUCCCAUAACAUAGUGGGUGGGGUGAUGGAGUUUGAGAAUGGGAAGAACUUCCUGGGGGCCAUCAGCCUGUUCAGGAUGUGGGGGCAUGAGCAGACAGCUGAGGAGCUGAGGGCCCAUAGCUGUAUUGAUGGGAACGUGGUGAGAUGGGACAACAACGACUGGGAUUACCAGAUUUGCCUACCUGAAGAUGACACUAACAUCCAGUGUGGGACUUUCCCCAAUGUGACAGCCUCUCCUCCCACUGUCACCAACACCACUCCUGGUUCACCAACCAGCACUAAUAUAUCAGACCAUGUAACCCCUACAGAGACACAGCAACCAUCCCUUGGAUUGCCUGUAAGUCCCACUGGCCUGUCUACAACCAAAGAACCUUCAGACCUCAACUCAACAGGAACAGGCAUUGCAUCCACCUUCUACAGAGUUCAUAUGAAGCUGAACAUGACAACUGUAACUGGCAGCGACCCAGGGGAGACCAUUCAGAAGUGGGUUCAGAGAAAGCUUGGGGAAGUCAGGAUGAACGCAUUACAUUUCCAAAUAUUUCAAUCGACUUAUAAGGACAAUGAUAAAAAAGAGACUCAAAGAGUGGAGAUGACUGCUGAGCUGAGAAAUCAGAAAAGGUUUAGAUGUACCUUCCAUGUUCAGGAUGCUGAUGCACGGAACGUCAUGACCACUCAGAGACUCAUCAGUGACCUUCUGUCCAGGAUCCAUUUUGGUGGAGAGAUCCAGGUAGACAGCAGAGACGUUCACGUCUCACAUAUAGAUCCAGGGAGCUGUCCUGAGGACACUCAUGAGAGUAUCAGGGGUGUGUAUAUAUGGCCAAUCAAAGAUGCCCAGAAGACAGAAACUAUGAUCUGUGAGAAGAACAGUGGUGCGAGGGCUUCCAGGAAAUGUGAGUUGGAUGGAGUGACUGAGAAGGCCAAAUGGGCCGAGCCAAACCUGAAGGCAUGCAAGCCGAUGAUCACCAUCUCUGAUCUGGACAAUGUCACCGUCACAGCAAACAACUCAGCAGAUGUGGUGGACAUGAUUGAGAACCUCCUGGGUGUCGAGGGGGACCUGAGUGACUCCCAGCUGGCCACCGUGGUCCAGAAGCUGGAUGAGGUUCUGGGGGUCAGCACAGUGACCCCUGCCCUCGGCGAGGACAUUGUCAGCAUAAUCGCUGACAUCCUGGGGUCCAGUUCUAACCUAUCAGCGGUCGCCAACGACAUACUGGGUAUCACAGGCAGCGUUGGGGACCAGAUGGAUUUCCCUGAGGAGUCACAAAAUGUGACCGUCCCCUCCCUGGCUCUCUCCAUGAUCAACGUAGAUCCAGAGCAGUUCCAGGGCCUCACGUUUGGCGUGUCCUCCUUUUCAACUGGCCUUGCUCCAGAGAUCUUUGUCAACCAGACAUUCCAGAGUCAGCCUUGCGACGGCACAGUGGCGUCCAUCUCUCUACCCCGUGCCCUUCAGAACUUCUUCCCCGAGGGAAACAAAAAAAAGAGAGUUCAGUUCCACUUCUAUGGCACACAGGAGCUCUUCAAGGAUCCAGAGACCAACUGGACGCUGAAUAGUUACGUGGUGUCUGCCAGUGUCAACAACAGCAAUGUCAGCAACCUCGGGAAUCCCGUGGUGGUGACACUUACUCACCUCAAGCCCAAAGAGAAAAACGACAAGGUGGGGUGUGUGUAUUGGGACUUCCAGAAGAACAAUGGGAGUGGUGGGUGGGACAGCAACGGCUGUGAGACACUACCAACCAUCUCCGCUUAUCAGACCACCUGCCACUGUUACCACCUGACGCAUUUUGGCGUGCUCCUGGAUGUGUCCAGGACUCCAAUCAGUGAGGCUGACCAGGAGACACUGAUGGUCAUCUCCUACUUGGGCUGUGGUGUGUCCUCCAUCUUCCUGAGCAUCAGCCUGCUCACCUACAUGGUCUUUGAGAAGCUGCGUCGAGACUAUCCGUCUAAGAUCCUCAUCAACCUCUCUGUGGCUCUGCUGGGCCUCAAUCUGGUUUUCCUGAUGGACUCUUGGCUGUCCUCCUUCGGCUUCUACAGCCUCUGCAUCACCACGGCAGCCACGCUGCACUACUUCCUGUUAGCCUCAUUCACCUGGAUGGGCCUGGAGGCUGUCCACAUGUACUUCGCUCUGGUCAAGGUCUUCAACGUUUACAUCCCCUCCUACAUCCACAAAUUCUGCACCCUCGGCUGGGGCAUUCCUCUGGUGAUUGUCAGCCUGGUCCUGGCCAUUGAGAAGGAUGCCUAUGGCAAUGUUCUAUCUGAGGACUCCCUUGACUCUCUACAGGGCUCUGAGCCAUUCUGUUGGAUGCAGAGUAACGUUUUCUUCUACAUCACCAUCGUGGCAUUCGUGCUACUGGUUAUGGUCUUAAACAUAGUCGUGUUCAUCAUGGUUCUGAUCCAGAUCCGACACAUGCAGACCAAUAAUCCUGCAGCUACAGUCAGCAAGCGCAGUGUCAUGCAUGAUCUGAGGGCGGUGGCCAGUCUCACCUUCCUAUUGGGUCUCACCUGGCCAAUAGCCUUUUUUACCUGGGGACCGGCCAGGGUACCUAUGCUCCACCUCUUCUCAGUCCUUAACAGUCUGCAAGGGUUCUUUAUCUUUGUGUUCCACUGCCUGAUGAAAGAGAAUGUGAGGAAGCAGUGGAGGAUCCACCUGUGCUGUGGCCGAUUCAGGCUCAAUGACUACUCAGAUUGGAGCCGCUCUGUGACGAUGGGCGGCAAGACCAAGCAAAACCAUCUGGUGCACCGCUUUCCGUCUGUCAACAUCUCCUCUAAGAAUAUCUCUGAUGACUCCACUACAGCUAGCUGUAGCUCUGCCCCACCCUACCACCAGUGGGCCUAGUCUACUGUCGCUCCACCAGGGGGCAUUCUCUACUGUCGCUCCACCAGGGGGCCUAGUCUAGUUCCACAAAGCGCAUUAACUUGGCUCCACCAGGGAGCCGGGCUCACAACAUAGUUCCAUAAUACCCCUCACCUGGAACAAUGAGAAACACUUGAGCUCAUGACACCAUAGCAGAAACCUAAGUUCAGUCCAUUCUGAAUUACACUGUGAAAAGUCCAGAUACUCUACUGAUUCUAUCUAAAUGACCAGUAUUCUUCCCACGAACUGCCGUAUGUCUCUCUGCAGUGCAGUCUCAUCAUCCUCGGGAGAUAUACAUUCAUACUCUAUGUGCAAGUGUUAGCCUGUUCUGUGCUUUAAAGGACAUAAGCUCUAUGAAUAAUGUGUAUUAUAGGACAGGGCGGCAAGUAGCCUAGUGAUUAGGUUGCUGGUUCGAAUCCCCAAGCCAACGAGGUGGAAAAUCCAUUUUAUGUACCUUUGAGCAAGGCACGUAACCCUAAUUGCUUUUGUAAGUCACUCUUGAUAAGAGCAUCUGCUGAAAAACAAACAAAAAAAGUUGACUUCAUGUUGUAGAGUAUGAUCAAUAUUUUGGUACUUUAUGCAUUCUCUUGGUUAAAUGACAUUUCUCUUCCUCAAAAUGUGUUUCUGUUCUUUUCAUGAUGUUAAAUAAAUAAAACAUACACAUAGUGAA